UAUUAGUUAUAAUAUGAAGAUUUCGAUAAUAUUCCAUAUAAUUUAUUUUAUGAUAAUAGUAAUCACAUGUUCAGAAUGUUUAAAAAUACCAUAUUAUAUUACUCAGCAGGGGGUGGUCACAAUUUAUACUCUUGGAUAUUAAACAAUGAUUUAGUCUAUUAGUCUAGUAUAUGCAGUAUACUAUACAGUAAAUUUAAGAAGUGUAAUUUAUAAUUUGGAAUAAUUAUUUCUAAAAUGUAUAGAAUAAGUAGACCUUAUAUUGGGUCAACAUCCCAGUCUUGUUUAUGUUCAUGUUUCAAUUUGCAGUACUUCACAACAUCUUAUGGAAUUUUAAAAAUUAUUCAAAUAAUAUUAGGGUCCAUUUGUCAAAGUAUAAUGUUAUUUUAUGGAACAAAGUACAUUCCAACAUUUGGAACAUCAUAUGAAUCAUUUCUUACUACUGUUGCUGGAUGUUUAAUGACAACAACUGUGAUUAGUAUAUCUUAUUUUUUAUCAAAACAUACUGAAGUACUUGUUAGGUCAUCACUUUUUGAAAUAAUUUUUGGGAUCUUUGCAUCUAUCUGUUAUUUGAGUUCUUCGUCGUUACUAACGAUUGCUGUCUAUACAUUAUUGUAUCCAAUUAUUAUGACUACACCAUUUACCUCCUUAUUUUCAGCAGUAAUAUUGGCUUAUACAUUAGGAUUUAUUCUUGGAGUUAUUUAUGCAAUUGAUGCAUAUUGGGCAUUUAAAUACUACAAAGGAUUUCCAUAAAAAAUAUACUAAGUUUGUUUAUAAGUUUAUAACUAAAUAAUAUUAAUAAUAAUCAUAAUAAAAAAAAAAAAUGUAUU